AUGCUCAAGAGAAUCAUCCAGACUCAACCGCAAGUUUCGCCCCUAGCACUUGAGAUAUCUAAACAUGAGGAGACAGAGGAAGAUCAACCAGAACUGCCAUCUAAGAGGAUUUCCAGCAUGGUGGAAAUGCAACUGCCAAACCUUGUGCCUGAGGAGACCUCUGUCGCCCCGUUCCGUAUGGCUGAGAAGAGAAAGAAACUCAGCAUUUCUGAAUUUGAGAGAGCAGCAGACAAACGACUUCCCCAGAACAAAGCACAGUCCACAUUGGACAGCACUGCUUUGGCUCGAUCUCUUCGCUUGUCUCUUGGUUCCUUGAUCCCACCAGAUACUGUUGAAAAGAGAGGCUUACUCCGGAGGCCAAAACAUCGCAAAGCUAUUGACAUAGAAGCUUUUGAAGGCAGAGUGGAACAGAACAUGCUGAAGAGAAAAGCACAGGACUGUCUUGUGGGCUCACAAACAGCGUCUGGGAUUCAAACAGCCAUGCUGACAAGUGAUGCAGAAAUCAUGCUGAAUAACACGGAGCUCUUUAUUCAGCCUCAGUUUGAACAGAGCCAAAAUAAGCUUUCAGCUCUUGAACCACAGCUGUCGGAUUCAAAAACUUCAGCAAAGAGAAGCAAGAUUUCUGAUGCAGCUCAAGAGGAAGCAAGACUGGUGGACCUGGUGUCCCGUGUGGGCACAAAUGAGGGAAGAACCCAAAGAUAUUCUGAGGACUUAACCCUUGAUGGUGAGGAUGUUGACAGAAUGACUCAGGUAUCUCCAAAACCACCCGCAAACCAGCAAGAAGAUGAGCAAGAUCAUUCCCAGCAGAGUAACCCGGUGGAACAGCUUUCUGUUUCGGAACAGGUGGUGGCUGGCACUGUUAAUAGAUGGAGCUCCUUUUUGCCAUCCAGAAGAAGUUCAAGUAAAUCUUUGGGAUCCCCAGUCACGCUAAAGCUUAAGAGAUCUUUCAGCAUGUCUUUGAGAGAAGUUGUGUCCCAUAUAAUUGAAGACCUAGAUGUAAGCGAUGCAGAAGAGAUGGCUAAUACAGUGAACCGAGUGGAACAGGAAGAGAUUUUCAGAGAGGGUGCAGAGCAUUGUGCACACGUGGGAUAUUCUGAAAAUUUGGAGAAGGAACUGACUGAAAAAUCAGAAUCGCAGGUAGCUGCAGCACAGGGUGCCAGAGUCAAAAUGGAAAUCACCCCUUCGGAAGAAGAGGGAGUAGCAGAAGGUGGUGCUGAACACCAAGGCUCCUCCAAAGCUGAACACAGGAUUGCUGAAGGUGUUGGAGCUGGAAGUCUGGGCAGUCAUACUCAAGUUUUUUCCUUCUUUGAAAAAUCUGGGAUGAAGCUAUUAAAGGAAGCUGUUGAAGAAGCAGAUGAACUAGAGGACCAGGCUACCAUGGUAAAAUUGGAUGGUCUGGAAGAUGAGCCUAGUGAGGAUGAAGAAGACCCUGAGAGUGAAGAGGUUUCCAUGAAGACACCCACGUUUGUCCAUACUGCAGCCUACAAGCCGCUGCUGUCUACUCCACGUCCCACAAAACCUGCUGCUGCCAAGUUGUCACCUCCAUGUCCCGCAAAACCUGCUGCUCUCAGGUCUCCCCUGCAGCCGCUGCAGGCUAAGCCAGCCCCAAAGAACUUGGGAGCAUCACGGAGGAAAAUGCGUGAGCCUGAAGUAGCAAGUAGUUUGAUAAAGAAGAUAUUUAGCCAUUAUGUGAAAAUGCCAGUGGCCAGAGAUGCGUUCAAAAUUGUUGAAAAAUGCUCCAAGAGAUACUUUAAGCAGCUAAGCAGUGAUCUGGAAGCUUACAGCAGCCAUGCAGGGAGGAAGACAGUGGAGAAAGCUGACCUAGAAGUUCUCAUGAGAAGACAAGGGCUGGUGACAGACAAGAUGCCGUUGAAUGUGCUGAUAGAGCAUCACCUCCCUCUGGAGUACAGGAGGCUCCUGAUUCCGGUUGCUGUGAGUGGCAAUAAAGUGCUCCCCCACAAAUGA